UCUGAAAUGAUGUGAUAUGUACAAACAUGCUAAUGUGCUUGCUGUAUUGACUUGAUAUUCCAUGUUGUGCAGUGGACCAUAAAAUAUAUCUGUAUCUUUACGUUGUGGUAACCAAUUCUGGUUUAAAUACGACAGAGAGAGAGGUGCUGUCAGCUAUAGCUAUUGAAAGAUCCUGUUGAGGGCAGUCUUGAAUGUCUCGACCAAUUUUGCGAACAGCUGUGUUGUCGUCAAGAUGGUUCCAUUUAAUCAUAUAUAAUAAUAUUUAAUACAGUCGAGUCUUGAUGAUCCAAAUGCUUCACAUUUUUUAAAUCUUAACUGAAGAAUAGGGAAUGUUAGCUGCAUUGUACAUGUACCAUGACUGAUCGGAGUAGUCCGGUAACAGACGUGCCCCAGAGUGCUUGGCAUCUCAAUAUGGCAUCCAAUCUGCAAGACCACAUUCCAAGAGUUGGGCAGGCAGUGUCAGGGUUUGUUCCUCACAUCAUGGGCCCCAGCACUCACCAUCGAGUGAUUCUAAACCGACUCAACUCCAGAGACCAUCAUCCAGAGCCUACCCAUGAAUCGUCAGUAGUGGUAGACGUUGAUACUAACGAUGAGCAAUUUUCCCCAGGAACUGGAGAGAUUGAUCCAAAUUUGAUGUCUCACGAACAUUUCCAGCUGCCUGGGGGAUUCUUUCAGGACGAGAACCAGAAUGGUAUACCGGGAGAAGGGGAGGAGCAUGGACAUUCCCACGAGGGCCCCACCUCUCGCUUCAACAUCAAGAGCAUUGUACUCAACUCGGGUGGAUUUCUACUGAUCUUAUCCCUGAAACUUCUCUCUCAACAUUUCCUUGGAUUCUUUGUCUUUCUGGCCAUGUUUGGAACUCAUGUAUAUGCCAACAUGUCAAUGCAGAAAGUUGUACACAAAUCAUCACUAAGAAAUGCUUCCUGUCGGGAACAGAUUCUCUCAUUCUUGUGGAUCAUCACUUUCCUGUCAGCGAACAUAGCUGUUGUCUUGUAUGCUUUUAAAGACCAGGCACUUUGGAAUGUACUGCUGUUCCGACUGCCCAUCUUGUCUUCUCCCACAUUCUGGGACUAUCUGUGGGUGGUCUUAGUUACAGAUUUCAUCUUAAAAUAUUCCACAAUUAUAAUCAAGGCAUUUCUGUCUCUGCUGCCAUUUGGACAGAAAAGGAGGGGGAAGAUUUACAGGGUAGUAGAAAAUAUUAUGCAGCUGUACAGAAUGCUAACUCCCAUAGUUCCUUGGUUUCACUUCCUGUUUGAAGAUCAGGGAUGGGUGUUGGGAAUUAUCUUAGUGGCAUUAUAUUUCCUUUUUAAGAUUUUUCAAGCAGUAGCAAAGGGAUUUGAGGUUGUGAAAUCCAUCAAAGGCUUAUUAUCAGAUGUGACCUACGGAAGUAGACCUACGUCCACAGAGAUUGACCAGUGUGGAGAGAACUGUCCAAUUUGUCAGGACGACUAUAAAGAUCCAAUCAAACUGGCUUGUAAACAUAUAUUCUGUGAAAAUUGUGUAUCCAUGUGGUUUGAUAGAGAAAAGACUUGUCCCAUGUGUAGGGCACAGAUUCACACAGAGUCCCCAAUGUGGAAAGACGGAUCUACCAGCAUCCACAUUCAGUGGUACUAAUUCGGAUCUACCAGCAUCCACAUACAGUGGUACUAAUCCACAUCUACUGGGGCAGACUAAUUUUUCGUUAGGACUGGAAUCCACAGCAGGGAUAGGAAUAGUCUUAAAAUGACUGUACAAUGGAUGCUUUUCUUUUUAGUUGUUGCUUUGAUUUGGUGUUUUAUCUAAAAUAUCAAUCUGCUUGGUUUUAAGAUAGCUUUAGAAAAAGGUGUAUGAGUGAAGUUUUAAUCAUAACUCUUAAGCUUAUUUUAGUUUAUUAAAUUAAAUAUGUUUAGUGCCAAAUUUUCCAAAUUUGUGCUGUCAAUAUUAAUAUACACAGUACCUUUCAGUGAAAAAAAAAUUGAUCAUUUUAUGCUUUGAUUACUAGUAUUUGCUUGCAAAGUAUUUUACAGUAUUUUUUCAUAAAUAAAAGGUUAUGUAUCAGUAAUUAUCCAUUGUUCUUGUAAAUUUGAACUAUCAUGUAAAUGCACAAUAAAUAUUGUGAAAAUUUAAA